AGGCCCCGUGCAGAGCUGAUGGGAUGUGCAUCUCUAUUCCCACUGCCUCCAUUCACGCGAGUCUAUGUGAAGAAGUCCCAGAGAUUCCAUUACAAUUCACAAUAAACACUAAAAUGUCAGGCUGCACACCAUUUAAGAUGCGAUUAGUUCAUUUGGACCUUAAAGGAGCACCCCCAAAGAUCUCCUACUUCUCAGAGAUUUUCCCUCUGCUCCGUGCUCUAGGUGCAAAUGGCCUUCUCAUCGAGUACGAGGACAUGUUUCCCUAUGAUGGCCAGCUGAGGCUGCUGCGGGCCACGCAUGCAUACAGCCCCUCUGAAGUGGCAGAGCUCCUACGCCUGGCCAGAUGCAGCGAGCUGGAGGUCAUUCCCCUGGUACAGACAUUUGGACACAUGGAGUUUGUGCUGAAGCACGCGGCAUUUGCUCACCUCCGAGAAGUCGCCUGUUUCCCCAACACUCUGAACCCUCAUGAGGCCGAGUCCCUGGCGCUGGUGGGGGCCAUGGCUGACCAGGUUCUAGAGCUGCACAGGGAUGCACGCUGGCUGCACAUCGGGUGUGACGAGGUCUACUGCCUGGGCGAGGGGGAGGCCUCCAGGCAGUGGCUGCAGCAGAGGCAGAACAGCCCCGAGCAGCUGUGUCUGUCGCACAUGCGGGCCGUGGCCAGCCACGUGCAAGCGCGGCACCCUGGCACCACGGCCCUGGUGUGGGAUGACAUGCUGCGGGACAUGCCUCAGGACCAGCUGGCAGCCUCUGGAGUGCCGCAGCUGGUGGAGCCUGUGCUCUGGGACUACGGGGCUGACCUGGAUGUCCACGGCAAGGUGCUUCUCAUGGAAAAGUACCGGGAAUGCGGCUUCUCACGGCUGUGGGCAGCCAGCGCCUUCAAAGGGGCCACGGGGCCCAGCCAGGCCCUGCCGCCGGUGGAGCACCACCUCCGGAACCACGAGCAGUGGCUGCGGGUGGCCAGCAGCGGGCCCGCGGACAUGCUGCAGGGCAUCGUCCUGACCGGCUGGCAGAGAUACGACCACUUCUCCGUGCUGUGCGAGCUGCUUCCCGUGGCGAUCCCGUCCCUGGCUGCCUGUCUGCAGUUGCUUCUACAUGGGAGCUUCACUGAAGAGGUUAAGCAGUCAGUGGAGAACUUCCUUGGAGUUCCCAGCCUGGAGAUAACGGCUGUGAGUGAGGGAGCUGGCUCCUUCCCAGGCAGCCACAUCCACGCCCUGGUCACACAAGUCAGCCUCCACCUGCGCAGCUCUGUGGACGCACUGCUGGAGAGGAACAGGUACGUCACUGGCUGGUUCAGCCCCUACCAUCGCAGACGAAAGCGUGUCCACCCUGUCAUGGUCCAGCACAUACAGCCAGAGGCCCUCAGCCUCCUGGGCAGGUGGCACACUCUCGUGCAGCAGCUGGAGGCGGCCCUGCAACUGGCCUUUUACCCUGAUGCCGUGGAGGAGUGGCUGGAGGAGAAUGUGCACCCCAGCAUGCAGCGGCUGCAGAGUCUGCUGCAGGACCUCCAUGAAGCAGCCGUGCCCCAGCCCUUGCCCAACAGCCCCGUCGGGGGUCCAAGUCAGGACCCUUGAGGGCCUCCUGGCACGGGCUGGGCCUGGGCUACCAUCCCGGGCAGUACUGGGCUGAAAUGGCCUCCCUCCCCCCAGGAACGCUUCCUGCUGAGUG